UUUGAAGGCUGAUAGCUGUUUUCUCCCCUUUUUCCCAGAAUUUGUUCCUGUGGACGAGUGGCUCCUUGAUUCCCAAGCCCUUUGAGGUGUCAGGAGCCCCGCUGGUGAAACUCUACCUCGCCGGAGAAACAACACCUGCUCCUUCAUCCAGGGCGAGCUGGCCAUUGCUAUGGAUACCGAGUCCACGUAUUCUGGAUACUCCUACUAUUCCGGUCAUUCGAAGAAAUCCCACAGGCAGGGGGAGCGAAAUAGAGAGAGGCACAAAUCACCCCGGAGCAAAGAUGGCAGAGGAUCCGAAAAGGCUGUCACCAUCCAGGCGCCCACCGGGGAGCCCCUGCUGGGGAAUGACUCCACGCGGACGGAGGAAGCUCAGGAUGACAACUGGGGGGAGACCACCACGGCCAUCACCGGCACCUCGGAGCACAGCAUCUCGCAGGAGGACAUCGCCAGGAUCAGCAAGGACUUGGAGGACAGCGUGGGGCUGGACUGCAAGCGCUACCUGGGCCUCACCGUGGCCGCGGCGCUCGGACUCCUAGUCUUCCUCACCCCCAUCGCCUUCAUCCUGCUGCCCCCGAUCCUGUGGCGGGACCAGCUGGAGCCCUGCGGUACCAUCUGCGAGGGACUCUUCAUCUCCGUGGCCUUCAAACUCCUCAUCCUGCUCAUCGGGACCUGGGCCCUCUUCUUCCGCAAGCAGAGAGCCGACCUGCCCCGGGUGUUCGUGUUCCGGGCCCUACUGUUGGUCCUCAUCUUCCUCUUUGUGGUUUCCUAUUGGCUCUUCUACGGGGUCCGCAUUUUGGACUCCCGGGACCGGAAUUACCAGGGCAUCGUGCAAUACGCGGUCUCGCUGGUGGAUGCGCUGCUCUUCAUCCAUUACCUGGCCAUCGUCCUGCUGGAGCUCAGGCAGCUGCAGCCUGUGUUCUCGCUGCAGGUGGUCCGCUCCACCGACGGCGAGUCCCGCUUCUACAGCGCGGGGCACCUCAGUAUCCAGCGAGCAGCACUGGUGGUUCUGGAAAACUACUAUAAGGAUUUCACCAUCUAUAACCCCAACCUCCUAACGGCCUCCAAAUUCCGAGCAGCCAAGCACAUGGCGGGGCUGAAAGUCUACAACGUGGAUGGCCCCAGUAACAACGCCACCGGCCAGUCCCGGGCCAUGAUCGCCGCUGCCGCUCGGCGCAGGGACUCGAGCCACAACGAGCUGUAUUACGAGGAGGCGGAGCACGAGCGGCGGGUGAAGAAGCGGAGAGCGAGGCUGGUGGUGGCGGUGGAGGAGGCCUUCAUCCACAUCCAGCGGCUCCAGGCGGAGGAGCAGCAGAAGGCCCCGGGGGAGGUGAUGGACCCCAGGGAGGCCGCCCAGGCCAUCUUCCCGUCCAUGGCCCGGGCCCUGCAGAAGUACCUGCGCACCACGCGGCAGCAGCACUACCACAGCAUGGAGAGCAUCCUGCAGCACCUGGCCUUCUGCAUCGCCCACAGCAUGACCCCGAAGGCCUUCCUAGAGCGUUACCUCCGCGCGGGCCCCACGCUGCAGUACGACAAGGAGCGCUGGCUGUCCACGCAGUGGAGACUGGUCAGUGACGAGGCCGUGACGAACGGGCUGCGGGACGGACUCGUCUUCGUCCUGAAGUGCCUGGACUUCGGCCUGGUGGUCACUGUGAAGAAGAUCCCCUUCAUCGCGCUCUCGGAGGAGUUCGUAGACCCCAAGUCGCACAAGUUUGUCCUCCGCCUGCAGUCGGAGACAUCGGUGUAAAAGUCCUGCGUUUGCGGCUUUUUUCCAAGAAAAGAACAGGGAGGGCGAUCCGCGUGCACGGAGGGCCACCUGGUGUGUGUGACGUUCAUUGCCGAGACUGGCCGGCGCUGGACCAGCGGCCUGACCUGCACUUUAUUUGGAAGGAAGACGAGGUGUCGCCCUGGAAAUCCGUGCGGGGGACACCGGACUGGCGGAUGGCACUUCUCAAGAGGCCGUCCCCCGGCGUUCCUGUGGCAGCUGUAACCAAAGCCGAGCGGGCGGCUCUGGGAGCCUCGCCUUACAGCUCCGUCCGCGCGUCUCCGGCGCCACACCCUCCACAGCUCCCAGGGGACGCGUCUUUAUCCUGGUUCCGGAAGCCAGACGUGUGUGUGUGUGUGUGUGUGUGUGUGUGUGCGUGUGUAUGUGCGCAAAGGUCCAGGUCCACUCCCCCCACAGCCAGGGGCUGUUCCUUGUUGCCUUAGGCUCCACCGAGCGAGAUCACAACAGAAAAUGUGCACUAAU